AUGGACAAGAAAUGGCGGGCCAGCAAGUCCUCUCAGGAAAUCGUGGACAAAGUUGCAAGCGAAGACAGAUACGAUUGGGACUACCAUGACGUCGACCAACUCCAGCGUCGUCUAAAGCAGCGACAUGUUCAGAUGUGCGAUUGCUGUACUUUCUCCCGAAUAUUUACUAUGUUGCCGCUAACACGCUUAAGAUCGCUGGUACAAUCGGAACUGGCAAGCCUUCACCAACUUCAUUUGUGCAGUCUUCCUUAUGCAUAUCCAGGCCUGUUUCUCGGCUCUGGUGAUGCGCUCAGAGUGGCAGGUCCUCUCGGAGCCUUGGUAGCUUACACUCUCGUCGCGUCGGUUGCUUAUUCCUCGCUUUGCUGCAUUGGGGAGAUGACUACUUGGGCUCCGAUAUCGGGUACUUUCCCCCAUUAUGCGGCGAGAUGGGUCGACCCUGCGUUAGGUUUCGCGAUCGGAUGGAAUUAUUUUUACUCCAACGCGACAUCCGUACCAGUCGAGAUCAACGCAGCUGUGAUUCUUUUGACAUUCUGGGACAAGGAUGUAAACCAUGCAGCCAUCUACACUGCGCUUAUAGUCAUCCUGGUUUGCGCCAUCAACAUCUUUGGUGUUCGCUACUUUGGAGAAUCGGAAUUCUUCUUUUCCGUUACUAAGCUUUUGAUCAUUAUCAUCAUCCUUUUCGCUGGUCUUAUUCUCGAUCUUGGUGGGGGGCCUAGCCAUGAACGUAUCGGAUUCAAGUUUUGGAUCAACCCUGGUGCCGUUAAUCGCGCGCAUUUAGUGAACGACCUGGGGGCAGACAGAUUCCUUGCAAUUCUCAGUGUUGUUAUUCAGGCUGCCUUCUCUUUCCAAGGGAUGGAGCUGGUUUGUAUCGCUGCUUCUGAGACAGAAAGUCCCCGUCGCAACAUUGCGAAGGCUGUUCGCAGAGUCUUCUACAGGAUCGUGGUAUUCUAUAUGCUCGGUAUUCUCAUCAUUGGCAUGCUUGUUCCCUAUGACAAUCCCGCCCUUCUGUCUCGAGUUGGCACGGCCGCCCAGUCUCCCUUUGUCAUUGCGUUAAGUAGUGCAGGCGUCCGGGGUAGUGUCACUCUCUUGCGCCAUAUCCGCAUCUUACUUGCUCCAAAAGCUUUCCCGCAUAUUGUCAACGCCGUGAUCUUCACCAGCGCAUUCUCAGCAGCAAGCAGCACUCUGUUCUGCAGCUCCCGUGUCCUUUACGGUCUCUCGAUCCGUGGUCAAGCACCUAGAUUCCUUUCGUACACCACAAAGAAGGGGCUGCCUAUCGCUGCCGUAUUGGCUUCGUCUGCUUUUGCCCUGCUGUCUUUCAUGAACAUUUCGAUGGGCGCUGAAACUUUGACACUCAUUCACGCCAGGUCUUCAAUUGGUUUGUCAACAUCGCCACAACUGGUGGAUUCAUUGGGUGGUUUACCAUUAACCUCAUAUUCGUUUUCUUCCGCAUAUCGCGGCAUGACUGCGCAAGGUUUCGAUCUGAAGAAGAACAUCUAUAACAACGCAUUACAGCCUUAUUUGGCCUAUUGGGGCAUGGGGUGGACCGUAUUCUUCAUCCUCAUGAAUGGUUAUGCUGUUUUCUUCAAGUUCAAUACGUCCAUUUUCUUCACUGCUUACAUCAAUAUUCCCAUCUUCGCGGCGAUGUAUUUUGGCUACAAGAUUUUAUAUCGGACCAGGAUAUGGAAACCUUUGGAAAUGGAUUUUGUCACGGGAAUUCCAACUGUCGAAGAGACUGAACUGCCACCAGAUCCUCCAGUCACUUUCCUCGAAAAAGUAGGAGCAGCGUUGUUUUGA